UCCUGGUUGAAAGGUCGACAACGUCAAACUCAUGCUGCCUGGAACCUGCAACAACAAACUGUUAAAUUAGCCAAACAUUUACAUUUAGGAUAGAGUGUUACAUUUCUUUAUUUUUUUGUGUUAGUACUGUAAGGUUUUGUCGGCAGAAAUGUCCGGGAAGGCCAAGGAUAUCCUCCAGCUGGACCUAUAUGGUCUGCUCGGCAUUGAAAACACUGCUACAUCGAAAGAGAUUAAGAAAGCUUAUCGACAGAAGGCCUUGACAUGCCAUCCAGACAAGAACCCAGACAACCCAAAAGCAGCGGAGCUCUUCCACCAGUUAUCCCAGGCUCUUGAGGUGCUAGCUGAUGCUGCUGCCAGGGCUGCCUAUGACAAGAUUUGUGCUGCCAAGAAACAAGCAGAAGAAAGAAACAAGAAACUAGAUGAUAAGAGAAAGAAAAUCAAGCUUGACUUGGAAGCCAGAGAGCGACAAGCAGAAGCUCAGAGCCAGGAAGAGGUUCAAAUCACAAGAACACUUGAAGAAGAGAUUGCACGCUUAAGGGAGGAGGGAUCCAGACAGCUUGAAGAGGAACAGAGGCUCAUCAGAGAGCAGAUCCAGAGAGAAAGAGAAGCACAGCAACGCACAGGAGACUGCACUCUCAGAAACCCCGGAGUGGAGAGAUGUUCCAAGAGCAAUGUAACCCCCAAAUUGAAGCUAAAGUGGAAGUGUAAAAAAGAUGACGACAUGAACGGAGGCUACUCUCAAGACAUUCUUUUUAAACUUCUACAAAAGUAUGGGGAUGUUUUGAAUGUGAUUGUUUCAAAUAAGAAGAAAGGAAGUGCUGUGGUUGAGUUUGCAACUGUGAGAGCAGCUGAGUUGGCUGUUAAGAAUGAAAGUGGGCUGAGUGGAAACCCCUUGAGGAUUUCUUGGCUUGAAGGACAGCCUGAGGUUGUUGCCACAGUGUCUCAAUCUGGCCCGUUCAUGUCUUCACAGGGCUCCCUGUCAAACGAACGCGACUACGAGAGCGUAGUGAUGAUGAGGAUGAGGCAGGCUGCCGAGCGUCAGAAGCUCAUAGAACAGAUGCAGAGAGAGGACGAGGAGGAAGAUGCCAGGUCUUAGCACAGCAUCGAGCAGCUCGGUACCAGCUUGUGACUUUCAGAUGAAAACCUGUUUCAGGCUUUAGUUUCAUAAAGCCUCUGAUAUGUUUUAUCAUUCUCUUUUGUAUGUAAUAUACUGUGUGGCAAAAUAAACCUUUGUGUUUUUAA